UCCGGUGUGGUUGCCGUGAUGGAGACGCGGCGCUUCUGCUGUUGAACUUUCUGUAUUAAUUAAAUAAAAUCCUUCAUUAUCUCAUUAAUUAAUCAGUGUAGUGCUGCAGAAACACAGAGAUGAGUGUCGAGCUGAAGGCGUAACUCAGGCUCGUAACCGCCCCACUACGCGCGCUCCCGCCACACCGCCGCCGCCGUUACCAUGGCGACCACGGGGCUGCGCAUCGGCGAUCAGCUGGUGCUGGAGGAGGAUUAUGAUGAGAGCUACAUCCCAUCAGAGCAAGAGAUCCACGAGUAUGCUCUGGAGAUCGGCAUUGACCCGCAGCGGGAGCCGGAGCUGCUCUGGUUGGCCAGAGAGGGGAUGGUGGCGCCGCUACCGGCUGAGUGGAAACCAUGUCAGGACGUGACGGGCGAGGUCUACUACUUUAACUUCUCCACGGGUCAGUCCACAUGGGAUCACCCGUGUGAUGAGCAGUACAGGCAGCUGGUGCAGCAGGAGCGCGAGCGCACACACACACACACCGGCAGAGCCGCUCCCAGCACCAACAUCUGCAGCAGCAGCAGCGGAGCACCACAGAAGAAGAAGAAGAAGAAGAAGGAGGAGAAGGAGAAGAGGGACAAGAAGAAGGAGAAGAAGAGAGAGACUGAGGGAGCCAGAGCUGCGGGAGCGUUGGCUCCUCUGGCUCCUCUCCGCGGUCUCUCUGACUCUGCCGUCGCUCCUCUUCGUGCUCCUCUGGGUGUGUCCUCUGGCCUGCAGCCAAUCAGAGCCACUCUCGGGGCUCCUGUGUCAAGCGCCUCUGCUGUCAGGAGUGUUCAGGAUGAGGAAGAGGAGGACAUCUCAGAGGAAGAGAGGCCUCAGGAUUCAGCUGGGCUGCUGAAGAAUCUCCAUCUGGAUCUGGAUGCUCUCGGAGCCGGACUGCAGUAUGAGGACAGUGAGGUCAGUGGGACGGUUCCUCCUGAAGAAAGAACAGAACCUGAACUGCAGGAUUUGGCCUUAUCGAGGGAUCACAGCGCAGAGCCGCCUUCAGAGGACUCGGUGUGCGGUCGACACGUGCGCUCCUCAGCUCUGGGCGCUUCAGUGGAGGAGAGAUUCAGCCUUUCAGGAGAAGAGAAGAAACAGACAGACGAACAGAUGAGUGAUGGAGAAGAGAAGAAACAGACAGAAGAACAGAUGAGUGAUGGAGAAGAGGAGAAAGGAGAGAGCGAUGAGCAGAUGGAGAGAUUCAGCCUUUCAGAAGAGGAGAAACAGAUGGAGGACGAGAACGGACAGAUCAGAGAAGAAGAGAAACUAGAUGAGCAGAUGGAGAGAUUCAGCAGUCCUGAGGAGGAGAUAAAACAGACGGAAGAAGAGAAAGAAGAGAGGGAUGAAGUUGAUGAGGAGGAGAAACAACAGACAGAGGAGAAAACAGAAGAAGAGAGAGAACAGACGGAGGGUAAUAAUGGAGAAGAGGAGAAUGAUGAACAGAUGGAGAGAUUCAGCAGUCCUGAAGAAGAGAAACAGAUGGAGGAGGAGAGAGAUCAGAUGGAGAGUAAAGGUGAUGGAGGACAGGAGAAAGAAGAGAGGGAUGAAGUUGAUGAACAGAUAGAGAGAUUCAGCAGUCCUGAAGAAGAGAAACAGACGGAGGAGAAGAGAAAAGAGGAGGAGAACGGACAGAUCAGAGAAGAAGAGAAGCAGGAGAGUGAUGAACAGAUGGAGAGAUUGGAGGAGAUAAAACAGACAGAUGAACAGAUGAAUGAUGGAAAUGGAGGAGAGGAGAGUGGACAGAUCAGAGAAGAGGAGAAAGAAGAGAGUGAUGACGUUGAUGAGCAGAUAGAGAGAUUCAGCAGUCCUGAAGAAGAGAAACAGACGGAGGAGAAGAGAAAAGAGGAGGAGAACGGACAGAUCAGAGAAGAAGAACAGGCAGCUGAUUUACAGCCACUGGAGGAGGAAGACAAGAGAGAGGGAAUAGAGGAAGAGCAGACAGAGGAGGACAAAGAUGAGGAAGAACAGAGAGAGAGAGAUGGAGAAGAGAGAGAGAGAAGCGGAGGGCAGAUCUUUCACUCUAACAGUGCUCCUAAAGCAGGGAAGUUUGUGCCUCAGUGGAGCCCAGUGCGCAGCGAGGAGUCUGAGGUCGUUGAAGAAGCAGCAGCGUCGCUCUCAUCCACUGAUCAUGUGCAGGCUGGUUUUCGCUCCAAACUCUCAGAGAAUGUGUUUGAUCUGCUGGAUCUGUCACCUGCUGUGGAAGUGGACGGUGAGGCAGAUGUGGACAGCUGUGUGGACGGCUCUGACUCUGCAGACAGGCGUCUGCUGGAUAAUGUGACGUCAGCACACACACUACCGUCACGCUCGCAGACCUCCACACCAGCAGAACACACAGAUCAUGAGGAGGAGAAGAGGAGAGAGGAGGAGGAGGAGAGAGAGAUGAAGAGGAGGAUAGAGGAGGAGAUGGAGAUGAAGAAACGAGAAGAGGAGAAGAAGAGGAGACGAGAGGAAGAGGAGAAAGAGAUGAAAAGAGAAGAAGAGGAGAGGAGAAGAAGAGAGGAAGAGGAGCGGGAGAUGAAGAGGAAAGAGGAAGAGGAGAAGAAGAGGAGACGAGAGGAAGAGGAGGAGCUGGAGAAACACAAGCAUGAAGAGAAGAAGAGGAGAGAGGAGGAGGAGGAGAGGAGGAUGAAGGAGGAGAGCGCUGAGCAGCUGAGGAUUCUGAAGGAGCAGAUACUAAAGAGGAGACUAGAUGAGGAAGAGAGAAUGAACAACGACACACACACACAACUACAACAGCUCAGGAUUGAGAAUGAGCUAAAGCUGCAGGAGCUGCGCUCAGAGCUGGAGGCGGAGCGACAGAGGGUGGAGACUCAGAGGAGGCGUGACCUAAUGCGCCUGAGGGAGGAGUCAGAGGAGGAGCUUCAGGAAGAGAGGAGGCGGCUGCAGGAGAACAAGGAGGAGCAGCUGAGAACUAUCAGACUACAGGCUGCAGUGAGUGACGUACAGAAGGACAUCAGGAGUCCACGACCAGAACAACCUUUAGCAGAGUACCAGAGAGAGCUGACAGAUGUGCUGCAGGAAGUUCGGCAGGAAGUGGAGCGAGAACACAGGAGGAAACUAGAACAACUGAAAGAGGAACAUCAGCACGAGCUGCAGAACCUCAGAGACACACACCUGGAGAAGGAGAGCAGAGAGAGAGCGCGUCUGCUGAAUUCUCUUCAGGAGGAGAGAGACGCUCUGAUCACCAAACACACAACACAACUACACAAACUGCAGAACACACUGGACACACAACUGGAGGAGAUGCGCAGGACACACUCACAGAAGGAGGCGGAGCUCCAGGAGUGGAAGGAGGAGCUGGAGAGACGAGGCAGAGAACUGCAAACCCAAGAGGCGGAGCUGCAGACAAAGGCAGCAGAUCUGAGGAGGAGGAGAAAGCAGCUGUGUGAAGAAGAGGAGGAGGUGCAGUCUCUCCCAGCACUGUUGCAGCAGUGUGUUAGUCUGCGUGAGGAUCUGGAGCGAGCGAGAGCUGAUCUACACACAGAGAGGCAGGAGAGAGAGAGACAGAGACUGGAGACACACACACUGAUGGAGGAGCGCCAGAAGCUGGAGGAGAGAGUCAGUGCGCUGCAGCAGGGCAGUAGUGUUCUCCAUCAUCAGGGCGCAGCAGCAGUGCAGCAGCACCAGAGCAGCAGGGUGGAGGAUCAGAUGAGGAUGGAGGAUCUGGAGGAACCAGUGGAGCGACCAGCAGAUGCCAGCGACACCAGCAUAGACCAGGCUCGUCAGUUUCUGGAGCGGCAGAGUGUGUACAUGACGGACAGACAGGCAGCGCUGCGGGCAGCUCACAGCACUCUGAAGGACCCCGCCACACUGUCCAGCAGCACACAGCAGCACUACCACAACCUGCAACAGUCAUGCGUGAUCUUUUUGUAA